AUGAUGCUGAAGAAAAAGAGGCAGACCUCCUACCUCAGGUUCCUAAUGAUCCUGGAGAUCGAGGUCUGGAUAGGUUUUGCGUUCGCUUUCCUCUUGACGAUAUUUCUAUUAUAUAUUCUCGAGAGGUACUCGCCCUUUAGCUACCAGAACAAUCGGGCGAAGUAUCGAGACGAGGCGGACGAUCGAUUCUGCUGGUUCAAGGAGUGCUUCUGGUUCACGUUCACUUCGAUCACCCCGCAAGGUGGUGGGGAUAUGCCGAAAAACUUAUCGGGCAAAAUCGUGGCCGCGACCUGGUGGCUGUUCGUCUUCGUCAUCGUCGCCGCUUACACUGCCAACCUGGCAGCCUACGAGACGCUGGACAGAUUGCAGAGGAACAUCGAGUCCAUGGACGACCUGAGGAAGCAGUAUCGAGUCCAAUAUUCCACCGUGGCCAAUUCCACGGCCUUCGAAUACUUCUUCAGGAUGACGAAGAUCGAGAGCUGGUUCUACGCGAAUUGGAGACGAUUGACGUUGGACGAGAAUACGCCGGAACGGUUCAGAUCCGAGUACGCCGUGUGGGAUUAUCCAUUGGAGGACAAGUUCACGAAGAUGUAUUUCGCGAUGAAAGACGCUGGCUUCCCUUCCAGCGUGGAGGAAGCGGUGAAGCUGGUCAGGAAAGCGAACAGCACUUUCGAGUUCGCUUUUAUAACGGAAGCUACGACCGUAAAAUACCUGAUGCUGACGAACUGUGACUUGAGACAGGUUGGUCAGGAGUUUGGAAAGAAACCAUUCGCUUUCGCGGUCCGGAAGGAUUCUCCGCUAAAAAGGAAACUCGACGACGCGAUUACCCAUCUGGCAAUGGAACGGAGAUUAAGUGUUCUGGAGAAGAAAUGGUGGGACGAAAGUCCUUUGAGAGCGAAUUGCCCGGCCGAUAAUGACCUUAACGCGGGCUUCGACCUAGACAAUUUGGCUGUUAUAUUCCUGUUGAUUCUCCUCGGUAUAUCGCUCGCAGCCCUCAUACUCGGCCUUCAAUAUUCCUGGUACUGCUAUCAGCUACACGCAAGAAUGAAAAAAUGUCUCGUGGAACACGAUCCUAUUGGAGGAGAAGAGCUCCUGCCUAAGCAAACAGGUGCUGAAAAUAGACCUCCAUGGUAG